AUGCCUCUGGAGCACUUGAUGUUUGUUGACUGCAUGCUGACCUUGCCAGGUGCUAGUCUUGAAGCAGAAUAUCAAUGGAGAAUCAACACAAUCAACACAGAGGUCACAUUCUGUGGUGUGGAGGAAGAGUGGCUUUUGUGCUGGCUCACAGUUGAUGAUGACCCUUAUCCUUCAAUCAAGCAGCAGAGGUGCUUGGUAAAGAAUAACACUGAGGUUUUCUUGCAUCAAGCAAUGAAGUAUAUCAAUCCUCCAUGGCCGGCUGCUGAGGUUGAGUGCAAUGUUUGUGAGGGGAAGGUGCUUCCAGCCAAAUCUACUCUUCUCAACCAUGCAGAGGAGGCCUAUGGAACUGUUGUGCAGGAUCACACUCAGGAGAAACUGGCAUUAGAAUAUCAACAGAGCUUAGAGAACUAG